AUGGUGGAUGAGAAGUCGCCACUUUCGAACAGUACCUUGGAAAGCCACGACUCCCUCAAUUGGGACACCUUACGAACUCAGAGUAUUCAGCCACACGGAUUUGGGUUGGAACGCGUUGUAAUAUGGCCGAAACUUCUUCAUGUUGAGCCCGAAGAGCUGAAGAAUCGGGCUCUAGCCACAGAGGGUGUGCCCGAUGAUGAGGAGCCGCAAGAGAACGACACUACAGAGGAGGUUGUGCCUCACGCAGACGAGCGACAAAUAGGACUGGAUACCGACCGGAGCUUUGUAUUGUACCCAGUAGAGGAGACCAGCAACAGAGAGAAGCGCCAGGCCAGUCUUAAUCACCUGAUUGUCUCACUCUUCCGACGGCGACCCCGCCUACAUUAUUUCCAAGGAUACCAUGACAUCGUCUCGGUGAUAUUCCUCACCCUCCCAGCGGAGCUUCACCUCCCCGUCACGGAGCAGAUGAGCUUACACCGCGUUCGCGAUUCUAUGGGGACAACGCUUGAACCCGUGGUGGGCCUUCUACGGAUACUGAAGCGAAUCCUGCACCUCGCAGACGAGAAGUUUGCAGCGGUCCUCGAACAGGCCGCUCCUCUCCCAUACUACGCGCUCUCCAAUCUGCUCACAUUAUUCUCACACGACAUACCCACUCUUGCGCUCAUCCAGCAUAUAUUCGAUUACCUGCUCAGUCGACCUCCAAUAGCGGUCGUGUACCUUGCAGCUGCGCUCACGCUCACCCGUCGGGAAGAAGUACGCGUGCUUGAGGAAGAAGGCGAAGAGGGCAUGAUGCACUCGCUGCUGACGAGCCUUCCUGACCUUUAUGAGGAGGGGGAGGAACCCGUCAGCUCCGAGCCGGAGCCUGCGACACUCUUAGAGGCAUUGCCUUCAGACAUCAAGGCCGAAGAGACAGAGCCUUGCAUACCGGCAGGCGAAGACGUUGUGACGGCUGAUACCCCACCUACUCCCAACCUCGGAACCAGCGACCUCAAUGAAGGUUCGACCGACGUUGUCGAAGGCGCUCCUUCCUCAUCCUCCCCAGAUGAUUUGGCACUGGACCCACCAGCGACGGUUUCUCUCAUAGACGCUGCCGCAGUGGACGAAGUCGCACCCUCGGCCGAGCCGAAAGCAGAAGAUGGCGACCCGCUCUCGUCUAAAGAGAAACCCGAUCCUAGCUCUUCAGAGUCUUCCCUCCCCGAGAAGGAGCCGUUACGACGCUCACCUUCGCCCGAGCCCCGCCCACACCGUCCGCGCGUAUCGCUCACCGCGCUUCUCGCGCGGGCCGACGCGCUCUAUUCCCAAUAUCCGCCUACACACCCUGGUGUCGCGGUUUCCUCCGUACUCGGCCCCCAGAGCGUGAUGCUCACCUGGUCCGAGCGCCGCGCAGAGCUCCCAAGUGACGACGACGCGGAGCGGAUGGUGCUCAAUCCCGACCUCAUCGUCCUGCCACACAUCGAAUCCGACGAUGAUGUGGCGUCUGACGGCGACUCCUACCGCGCCGGGUCCGGGCGCAAGUCGCAUAAGAACGAGAAGGAGAAGCGACGAAGAAAGCUGCGUAAGCCGCGCCGGCUCACGGACAUGGUCGUGCAGCGGAAGACGAUGGUCGCAGGCGCAGUGCUCGUGCUGGGGGUCGCGAUGGCCGUGUACGGUUUCAAUGCAGGCUUGCCAGGGUCUGGCGGAGGACAUCAUCGGAGCGGGUUUGGGCGGGAGUUCAGGAAGGUGGGGAGGUUCCUUGGGGGCGCGAUUGUCGGUAUCGGGGAGCGGGCGUUCGAGGGCAUCCACCAGGUGCUGCAGUAG